GCCAAUCAAAGGCGCUCAGCCCAGGAACAAGUCCGGGCAUGAGUACGGAGAAGCCGGUACUGUAACACGUGGUGGGCGAUAGUAUCAGUGACUGUCCGGGAGCCGUGCGAUCGCCGGCCGGCCUAAAAUGGAAAGCGCUGCUUCCGCUGAUCUAUUCCAGGGGUUUCCUCAGUCCAGGGACUACAUGAAGGCUCCUAAAACAGAUGCAUCUGUGAAUGAACAGGUGCAUGUCAGAAAUCGCAGGAAGAACAGAAAACAUCAGCGUUUCUUGCUACGCAAAGCAUUUUUACAGGAACAUGGUCUGCUGGGCAAAAACAAUUCUGAGGAGCAUUCAUGUUCCAUCCAUAAUGAGGAGAGCUUUUCAAGUUGUCUACAGAGAGAUAAAGAUGGCCAGCCUGCAAGACUGGAUGAGAUCAAGGCUACAUUUGGUUGUAAGGUUAUAUUCUCAGAACAUCCUUUGGUGUGUGAUUAUGAUAGCGGCUUGUCCAUGGCAGGCAGCUGUUCGUCUAGUCGAGCUUCUUCACCUGUUUCUUGGCUAAAACCUGGAAAAUGUGUCGCCAUUGAUUGUGAAAUGGUUGGUACUGGUCCUGGUGGGAAGAUCAGUGAGCUGGCGAGAUGCAGUGUGGUGAACUAUCGCGGAGAUGUUAUAUAUGAUAAAUACGUGAAGCCAGAGCUGCGCGUGACGGACUACAGGACACGGUGGAGCGGCAUCACUAAACAACAUCUGGAAAAUGCAAUCCCAUUCAAGACCGCUAAAAAAGAGAUAUUGAAGCUUCUCAAGGGUAAGAGGGUGAUUGGACAUGCGCUACAUCACGAUUUCAAAGUUCUGAAAUACUUCCAUCCUCCGGAGCAAACAAGAGACACCAGUGAAAUUCCAUUACUGAACCAGAUGGCAGGAUUUCCAACAUGGCCAAGUGUUUCUCUGAAAAGGCUAGCAUUACAUAUCCUGCAAAGAAAGAUACAGGUUGGUAGCAAGGGACACUCGUCAGUUGAAGAUGCACAGACGUGCAUGGACCUUUAUAAGUUGGUGGAGGAGCAGGUGGAGCAAGAUCUCCUGCAUGGCUCCCAGCUCAGUGACUCCAGCCUUGUAGAGGAGGACAGUGCAACAGAUAUCCAAUACAUGGAUGACCAGUACUGGACAUGUGAACUGAAUGAAGACUAAAUGAUUGGACUGGAGUGUUAGAGUUGGAUAAACUAUUGCUCACUCUCUCGCCCCAUUGAUGCCCUCGCAAUGUGAUCAUGGGGUGAUUAGAGGCAAGGCCUGAUAAGCUGCCUGUCAAUUAUUUCUAAGACGGCCACAAUACAGCGGGGAUGCCCAAGCUACGGCCAUCCAGCUGUUGCAAAAAUACAAUUCCCAGCACGCCUGGACAGCUGUUAGGGCUUGCUGGGAGUCAAAUAAUUGCAGGAUCUAAAAAUUGAAUUCUAAAUAACAAAAAAACCCUCAAAACCACGUUUCCCUUACAAAGACGUGUACUAUGCAUGUAUUAAAAUGAAAUAACUCCUACAUACUCCAUGUUUUAACAUUCGUAGGAACCUAUAUGAUAAAAUUAACUACUUUAUAUUUAAUAAUAUUUCCACCUCCCAAAAUAAAUUAAUCAAAGUUAAUGUAAACAAAAUAGUACCAAUGUACACUACAAGUCAUCCUGUAAAAAAAAAAAAAAGUCACAGCGAUGGAAAAAGAAAAAUGUUCUGUGUCUUUCUAGUUGCAGCAACUCAAAAACACUUUUGAAAAAGAUGUGUAGAAAAGUAUGAAAACUGUACUAGCCUGUUAUCAAUGUAAGUGUAUCAACCUUCAGAAUGAUGUCAAAAUCGGGUGAUUUGUAACGCACUGGAAAAACUUAACUGCAAAAUGGCUGUUUUUACCAUGCCACCUCCCCCUCCCCCCAAAAAAAUAUAUAAAAGUUGUUCAGAUUCUACACCUGCUGUUUAAUGAGGAUUACCAAAGAUAAUUUCUCCUCACAGCAGCAGUAAACUGACGAUGGAUCGUCUUAUUUAUAUAGUUGGUCUCAUGAUUGGUGCUGACUCUUACAGAAGGACAGUAUUUUGUAUUGCUGAAAGAAAAAAGUAAAAUGGGGCAGAUGUACUAAGCCUGGCGUAAACUUCUACAGUCUGUCUAGACCUGCACCAGAUUUAUCACGGGCUCAAGCUGGAUGAUAAAUCUGGUGCAGGGAUAACACUUUUGUCUAACCCUAUACCAACUAUUGGUUGACUUACUUUGCAGCAUUUCACACCAGCUUUGUGGCCCAAGUUUGGCAUAAAUGUGUUGCAUAUUGGGCCAUGCCCCUUUUUGGAUUAGGCACAUCUCUAAACCUAGAUAUAAGCCAGUGAAUUUGUAAAAAAGUACCCCUUUUUGAUGGAAGUCUCCAAUUAAGAUGGUUUUGACAACUCCUAUCCAAGUACCUUAUUAAGGCGUAUGGAUGUAGUAGAGCCCAGUCCACAGGUCCAGACCCCCUUCUACUAGCUGGAGUAGACACCAGCUGCUUUCUAGAGGACCUAUCAUGCAUACAGUAAAGACUAGCCCUUUGAUUUCAGUGGGCAUUGUUUAGUGCCCAUCUUCUCCAGCAGCAGAAUGGCUCGCUGGCUGUCCGAAGCAGAAAACGCUUUAUAAAUAAUGUUAGGGUAGGGAACUUGGUUUACUUCUUUGCAUAUUGCUGCUACUGAGUCACUCAUGAAAAGUUACCAUUGACUUAUUUAUCUAGGAAGAAAGACUGACUUGUAAUUUAUUAAACCAAUGCUGACUAAA